UCGGUCUUUUCCAGUCAGAACAUCGUCUCCUAGCUAGCGUCCGAGCUCUCUGACAUCUACCCAUGGCGGCGUCUGAGGUCGUCGGCAAGCGCCAAGCUUACUACAAGGGAAGAAUCACGGCCUUUGUCAUCCUCUCGUGCACUGUCGCGGCCACCGGCGGAAUCCUCUUCGGCUACGACCUUGGCAUCUCAGGUGGGGUGACUUCCAUGGAGCCGUUCCUGAAGAAGUUCUUCCCGGACGUGUACGCCGAGAUGCAUGAGAAGAACUCUCACGCCACCAGCAACUACUGCAAGUUCGACAGCCAGCUCCUGAGCACCUUCACGUCCUCCUUGUACGCCGCUGGCCUCUUCGCUUCCCUGUGCGCGUCGUGGGUGACGCAGGCUUUCGGUCGCCGGACGUCCAUGCUGCUCGGUGGCGCCUUCUUCAUGGCGGGAGCUGUUCUUGGCGCCCUGGCCAUCAACGUGUACAUGCUCAUCUUAGGCCGCGUCCUGCUCGGCAUCGGCGUCGGUUUCACCAAUCAGUCUGUCCCUCUAUACCUAUCGGAAAUGGCUCCACCAGAACACCGAGGUGCAAUAAACAACGGGUUUUUCUUCUUCGUCGGAUUGGGAACACUUUCUGCCAACCUGAUCAACUAUGGAACUCAGAAGAUCCAUUCUGGUUGGGGAUGGAGAAUCUCCAUUGGGUUGGCUGUACUUCCGGCCACAAUCUUGGCACUCGGCACACUCUUCCUUCCUGAAACGCCAACCAGUCUGAUUCAACACACCGAUUCCGUCCACAAGGCGACGGCGACGCUCCGGAAGAUACGAGGCACGGAUGAUGUGCAAGCCGAGCUAGACCACCUAAUCGCCGCAGGGGAAAUCUCCAAAGCAGCACAGCACCCUCUUCGCAUCAUCAUGCGGCGCAAGUACCGACCUCAGCUUGUGAUGGCCAUCUUGAUUCCGUUCUUCAAGCAUAUGACAGGGAUCGCCGCCAUAACCUUCUACUCUCCGCUCAUCUUUCGAUCCAUGGGCCUCGAAGAGAGCUCCUCUCUACUGUCGGCUGUCAUCACAGGGGUCAUCGACGUGGGAUUCAUCCUCAUAGCCAUGACGGUGGUCGACAGAGUGGGCCGGCGCACUCUGUUCAUCGUGGGAGGAGUUCAGAUGUUGGCGACGCACGUGACGGUGGGAGGGAUACUGGCAAAGCAGCUCGGGGAUCACGGAGGAGUCGGCAAAGGCUCCGCGUACGUGGUCUUGGUCUUGGUGUGUGUAUAUGUUGCGGGUUUUGGGUUGUCUUGGGGGCCAUUGGCGUGGCUAGUGCCGACCGAGAUGUUUCCGCUGGAGAUCAGAUCGGUAGGGCAAAGUAUCGUGGUGGCGGUGGUGCUCCUGUUGGCCUCCGUCGUCGGCCAGACCUUGCUGCCCAUGCUUUGCCAUCUCAGGUCUGGCGUAUUCUUCUUCUUUGGAGGGUGGACUUUGAUCAUGACCGUGUUCGUCAUAUUAUUCGUUCCGGAGACGAAGAACCUGCCUAUGGAGAAAAUGGAUCAGAUAUGGAGGGAGCACUGGUUUUGGAAGAAGGUGGUGGGGGAAGAAGAAGGAGAAGAAGAGGAGGAGACGAAGGACACUGUUCCGAAUGAUAUGAUGAUAUAAAUAGAUAGAGGUAAUGAGCUUAGUCAGAGGUAAAGACGUAACCAGUCAUAAUAUUUUCAGCAAUAAAA